GCGUGUCAUCACACACAAUCGUAAACAGAGCAGUUGUCAUUUGGUAAAAAAAGAGAAAAACCCUUGACAAAAAGAAGAAAUAGAAAGUAGAUCUGGUCAACGAAACGUUUUUCAAGUUUUUAUUUAUAAAUUUUCAAUUAAAUCAAUUAAAAUGGCGCCACAACAAAAGGGCAAGCAAGGCACAAAAGGAGCCAAACAGAUAGUGGAAGAAAACAAGGGUACCUUAAGUUUUUAUCGUAAUAUGGCCUUAGGAAGUGCAGCCGCCUCACUGUUAGUCAAUUUUAUAUUCUUUGAAGUGGGCAAGGUGACAGUGAUUAUGAGUAUUUUGGCUUUGUUAACCUUGGGGGCUGCCUAUCAGUUUAUGGCUUUUAUGUCUAAACCUAAAUUUUCUGAAACAGGUGCUUUAGUGGAUUCUGGCAAUGAUUUGAAUAUGGAAGGUGGUAUUGCGGAAAAUGUCAAGGACUUGAUUAUUUUAACGUCGGGCACCAUGUUGUUGGUACUAAUCUCCAAUUACUUUUGGUAUUUAUUAUUAUUGGCACCUCUCAGAGCUUUAUGGAUGCUUUGGGGUAGUGUGAUUAAACCUUGGUUAGAUCAAAAGAAUGAACAAGAAGAACCCGAAAUCAAUGAGAAAAAACAACGUAAAAUGGAGCGUAAAAUGCGUCGCAUGAGAUGAAAACUUUAUGCAUAUUAGUUUUAUUUAAUAAACUAGUUUAGAAAUUACAAUUGCUUAAGACGCCAAUAUAAUUUUGUUUUAUAAAAUGAAAACGAGUCAAAAGGGAAAGGACGAAAGAAGGCUUUUUAUGUAAAAUAUUCCUACACAUACCUGCAUACUUAAAACUUAAGCUAACAUCUAAGUCACCAGCUAUCAAGUCAUCGAAUAUGAUGCAAGGAUUUUGGUUUUUAUUAUUAAUUUUUUAUUUUAUGUUGUACAAUUCAUAUUUUUUUAGAGAUUUUUAAAUUUUUAAACAAAAAUAAACCAAGAAUAUGUAUUUUAAACUUAAAAUACAAGCAAAAAAUUAUAAACAAAACAUU